AUGCUUCAACUCCUCUUCGCAGCCUUGCUCCAACUCUCGCUAUGCUUCCUUGUUGAAGCCGCCCCCAUUACCACGCAAGGCACUGCCUGGCAAGGACCCACUGGUGGCGGGAUAGUGGGAUUCAUUGUUCUCGUACUAGACAUCAUUGCUUGGGUGGAAAUCAUAAAAUCGAAUCGCCCGCCCGUCAACAAAGUCAUCUGGUGCCUCGUGGUUUUCCUCUUCCCCAUCAUCGGUAUGAUCAUCUACUACCUCUUCUCCAACCGCCAGUCGCACAAUUCCGGAGGUUAUGAGGCUAUAUCCACAUAA